AUGGAUUUUAUAUGUGACAGAGCUCUAGAUCCAAUUAUUUAUUGCGGUUAUUAUGUAAGUGAACAGGCCAAAGAAUCGAUGUAUAAACUGCACGGAAUACAAGAAUGGCUGGAUAGGAUGCGGAGAUCAUUUGUUAUACUGGUAUCACCGCACCCAGAAUGCAUCACUGACGACAAUGUUCGACUUCCGUCACCAAUAGAGGAACUGAGAGAGUUCCAUGCCAAGUUCAAACAAGAGCUGCAUAAAAAUGAUAUAGAAUACUUGGAACUUACACAGCUUGACCGACAAGAAAGAGUUAACAUCGUUAUGACAGAACUCAACAAAUUUAGACAAAGAAAAGAUGGACGCGAUUUAAAAGAUUAAUUUACAUCCGGAGUCAUAAACGAUGAUUAAGAUUAAGGAACGCGGGUACACACAUGAAACUGUUAUUUAUAGACCAUACCUUGACAUGAAGGUGGCCACUAUGACGACGACAACGACAACAACAACAACAACAACAACAACAACAACAACACUCAAAUGAACAAGUAAAAUACUUUUGCCGCUUUUGUCACUCCGUAAAAAUGGUAUUGCACGGCCGUAACGUGACCUCACGCUAAUGUUUGUACUCCUGUCAAUAAAAAACAUGAUUGUUUAAAUGAAAAUCGUUCUUUUUAAGUAUGUGAUAAAUAGAAUAUUAUAUAAUUGUGUAGGUCUAUGACUAAAUUUAUUGAACUCGUUGAAUUAAAUAACAUUAUGCCAGAGAGGCUCGCGUAAUAUUAUCUAAUUCAACUCGUUCAAUAAAUUCACUAUUGAACCUACACUCAUUCAAUAUCAUCUAUAUACGGCUACGUAAUGUUUUUGGAAUGAUAAAAGUAUUACUGUACUAAAUUGACUCUCGACUUUGGACCAUUCGUUUUUGUAAUUAUCUGCAUCAAAAAUGUAAUUGUACGUUCACAGUUCAAAAGCAUGUCACGUUUAUCAUACAACGUAAUUAUGUCAUUUUAAAAAAAAAACUAGUCAAUUACGCAAUGUUCCAAAUAUAUGUAUAGGAUAGAUCAUGAGUGCCAGUUGGAUGUGAGAUUUAUCAACGAGCGAAGCGAGUUGAUAAAUCUCACAUCCAACUGGUACGAGCGAUCUAUCUGACUUAGACCACAGGUAGUUUUCUCUGUUUAAGGUGAAGAUUAAACAUGCGUAAACUUUUUAUUCUUCUACUAUUACAUAGGGAUAUCCAAAUAUUUCUUAUUCAAUCUGUUUGGCC